AUGGCUGUGGGAUCCGCUUCGCUACAAGACCGCCUCGAGAGGUGGUCGCAACGCCUGAACAACUUGACCGUCUCCCCUCUCGCAAGAGAUUAUGACGCUCAAGCAGACAGCAAGCGCGCCAUUGAGGCCUUUGAAACUCUGAAGCUCUCACAAGAGACACAAUCAUCAUUGCAGAAGCUGUGUGGACCUUCGUCCUCGCAAUUCACUGUGUUUUUGACUGCCUUUGUGCUUCUUGUUGCUCGAUUGACUGGAGAUGAAGAUAUUGCCAUCGCCACAAAUCUGGCUGAAGAUUCACGUCCAUUCGUUCUGCGUGUCUUCUAUGACCCGGCUGAGUCCUUCAAUCAGCUCUUGACAAAGGUCGAAAAGGUCUUCAACGAGUGUGCUUCGGACAUUGUUCCCCUCGGAAGCCUUCGAUCGUAUAUCCAGGACAAGUCCAAGUCGGAACGGACGCCCGUCCUUUUCCGUUUCGCUGCCUACGAUGCUCCGGCCGACUCCCAGGAAUACCCCGCAAAUACAUUCGAUAGUACGGAUCUGGUUAUCAAUAUUUCGAAUGAACUGGGUGCCUACUACAACCAGCGUCUCUUUUCCAGCGCAAGAAUUGCCACUAUCCUCAAGCAGUUGGCACAGAUCGCAGACAAUGCGGCUGCGGACCCAGAGCAAGCUGUCGGCCGGAUCGACCUGAUCACAAAGGAAGAGCGGGCACUGCUACCUGAUCCCACUGCUGAUCUCAAUUGGUCGAAAUUCCGUGGUGCGAUUCACGACAUCUUUGCCGAGAACGCGAAGAGACAUCCCCAGAAGCUUUGCGUCGUGGAGACCAAGUCAAGCACCUCCCCACAGCGCGAGUUCACCUAUCAGCAAAUCAAUGAGGCUUCCAACAUCCUCGGACACCACCUGGUGCAGGCUGGUAUUCAAAGAGGAGAGGUGGUCAUGGUGUAUGCCUAUCGUGGUGUCGAUUUGGUUGUGGCCGUGAUGGGCAUUCUCAAGGCCGGCGCGACAUUCUCUGUGAUUGAUCCUGCGUAUCCCCCCGAUCGACAGAACAUAUACCUGGAUGUUGCCCGUCCGCGUGCAUUGAUCAAUAUUGCCAAAGCCACCGCUGAUGCUGGGGAGUUGUCGGACAUUGUUCGGACCUUUAUCAACGAGAAUCUGGAGUUGCGUACUGAAGUCCCGGCGCUCGCGCUUCACGAUGACGGCACCCUGACCGGCGGAUUGAAUGAUGGCCAGGACGUGUUCGCCAAGCAGGUCGAGCUCAAGUCUCAAUCUGUCGGUGUCGUCGUGGGACCCGAUUCCAUUCCGACCCUUUCGUUCACUUCGGGCUCCGAGGGCCGACCAAAGGGCGUGCGUGGUCGCCAUUUCAGUCUAGCAUACUACUUCCCAUGGAUGUCUGAAACUUUCAAGUUAUCAGAGCAAGACAAGUUUUCUAUGCUGUCUGGAAUUGCCCACGACCCGAUUCAGCGUGAUAUCUUCACCCCGUUGUUUCUGGGUGCCCAGUUGCUGGUUCCAGCAAAGGAGGAUAUCCAAAAUGAGAAAUUGGCCGAGUGGAUGCGCAACUACGGUGCCACCGUUACCCAUCUGACCCCCGCCAUGGGUCAGAUCCUUGUCGGUGGUGCUUCCGCUCAGUUCCCUGCCCUCCACCACGCUUUCUUCGUUGGCGACAUUUUGAUUAAGCGGGACUGCCGUUCGCUUCAGGGCCUUGCCCCUAACGUUUCCAUCGUGAACAUGUACGGCACAACGGAGACACAACGGGCUGUGAGUUACUACGAGAUUCCGAGCUACUCAAGCCAAGAAGGGUUCUUGGAUACGAUGAAAGACAUCAUUCCCGCCGGUCGUGGUAUGGUCGAUGUCCAGAUGCUGGUGGUCAACCCAUUCGACCCAACUCGCAUGUGCGGCAUAGGCGAAGUCGGCGAGGUGUACGUUCGAGCAGCGGGCUUGGCCGAAGGCUAUCUCGGCUCACCCGAUAUGAACGCAAAGAAAUUCUUGACCAAUUGGUUCGUCAAGCCUGAAGUCUGGACUGAGAAAGACAAGGGUGGAAAUGAGCCCUGGAGGCAGUUUUACGUCGGGCCUCGGGAUCGAUUGUACCGCAGUGGUGAUCUCGGUCGUUAUACUCCCUCUGGAGAUGUCGAGGUUUCUGGUCGUAUCGACUCCCAAGUUAAGAUUCGAGGCUUCCGCAUCGAAUUGGGAGAGAUUGAUACUCACCUGUCUCGGCACCCUCUUGUGCGCGAGAAUGUUACUCUCGUUCGUCGUGAUAAGUUUGAAGAACCGACGCUUGUCAGUUACUUCGUCCCAGACAUGAAUAAAUGGUCCCGAUGGCUGGAAUCGAAGGGCCUAGAGGACGACGAUUCAGGCGAAGGCAUGGUUGGCAUGUUACGUCGGUUCCUACCACUGCGCAAUGAUGCCCGUGAUCAUCUUCGCAGCAAGCUCCCUGCAUAUGCUGUUCCCACGGUGAUUAUUCCGCUGAAGCGUAUGCCUCUCAAUCCUAACGGAAAGAUUGACAAGCCUGCCUUGCCGUUCCCCGACACGGCUGAGCUCAGUGCUGCUGCGCCCCGUCGUCGCUCUUCUGCUAUGCAAGCUCUGUCAGAGACAGAACAAGCUCUCGCCCAAAUUUGGGCUAAGCUGAUUCCCAAUGUGACUGCCCGUAUGAUUGGCUCCGAUGACUCGUUCUUCGAUCUUGGUGGGCACAGUAUUCUCGCGCAGCAGAUGUUUUUCGAACUUCGCCGCAAGUGGCGUACCGUGGACAUCAGCAUGAGCGCUAUCUUCCGCAGCCCGACUCUGAAAGGCUUUGCUGGGGAAAUUGAUCGUCUCCUAGAUGCUGAGGCCUUCGCUACUAGUGACAAAGCUGAUCCUAGCACCAGUGAACCCGAUGACGUCUAUUCUAAGGACGCGCGUCAGCUGGUCAAUGAGCUUCCUGCAGCGUUCCCUACACGAACGGAUGAUCUCCUCGCCACCCAGCCAACUGUCUUCCUCACAGGCGCUACGGGUUUCUUGGGUGCGCAUAUUCUUCGUGAUCUCCUCACGCGCAAAUCUCCAUCCACCAAGGUUGUUGCUUUGGUUCGAGCCAAGAGCGAAGAGCAGGCUCUCGACCGUCUUCGUUCGACUUGCCGGGCCUAUGGAUUCUGGGACGAUGAGUGGGUCAACCGUCUGGAGACGCCUUGCGGCGACCUGGGCAAACCCCUGUUUGGUCUUUCUCAGCCAGUGUGGGAUGACCUCACCAGUCGCAUCGAUGUGGUAAUCCAUAACGGCGCCCUAGUACACUGGGUUUAUCCCUACUCCACUUUAAGAGCACCCAAUGUGCUUGGUACAAUUGACGCGCUCAAGCUUUGUGCCACCGGCAAGGCGAAACACUUUGCCUUUGUCAGCUCCACCAGUGCCUUGGACAAUGACCAUUAUGUGCAAGUGUCCGAGCGCAGCCUUGCUGAAGGUGGUAACGGAGUAAGCGAGGACGAUGACAUGGAAGGUAGUGCCGUCGGCCUUGGGACAGGCUACGGCCAGAGUAAGUGGGCUGGUGAGCACCUCGUCCGCGCAGCGCGCUCCCGCGGACUCAAGGCGGGUAUCAUUCGCUCAGGAUAUAUCUUGGGUGACUCCACGUCCGGUGUGUGUGUCACGGAUGACUUCCUCACUCGUUUCUGGAAGGGUUGCGUUCAGCUCGGCUCGCGUCCCAACAUCGGCAACUCCGUCAAUGCAUGCCCUUCGGAUUAUGUCGUUCGAGUUGUCAUUUCAGCCGCUUUCCACCCACCCAUGAACAAGACAGGUGUUGUCCACGUGACAGGUCAGCCACGGCUGCGCUUCAAUGAGUUCCUUGGUGCUCUGGAAACCUAUGGUUAUCCCAUCAAGCAGAUCGAUUACAUCCCCUGGGCUGCCUCUCUGGAACACUAUGUCAAUGACGGUCAACACAAUGACAAGGAAUCCCAGCAUGCUUUGAUGCCACUCUACCACUUUGUGGUCUCAGAUCUGCCAUCUAACAGCAAGGCUCCUGAGUUGGACAACCAGUGGGCUUCUGCCGGGCUGAAGACCGAUGCUGCGUGGUCAGGGGUUGAUGCCUCUGCCGGUGCUGGUAUCACCGUUGAGUUGAUCGGACUUUACGCGUCCUAUUUGGUCGCCAUCGGGUUCUUGCCAGCACCGACAGUGGCGGGUGCCCGACCUCUGCCGCCUGUUCCCAUCACCGAGGAACAGAAGAAGAUGAUUCUCAACGUCGGCGGUCGUGGCGGUGCCCCCUAA